UUUCUGCCGAUUUGCGUCUUCUGUUUCUUUUCUUUUUCUUUACAACAUUAUGGUUGGCCUUCUCAACCAGUCAACCUUUUCUUUUCUUUUCUCUCUAUCACUCUUUCGAUUGCUCUCAGUUGGUGGGUUUCCAAGUUACUGCAACUGAAAGAUAUUAGAAGAAGAUGGUGCUGGUUUUGGCUUUGGGGGAUUUGCAUAUACCCCAUCGGGCGGCUGAUCUCCCUCCCAAAUUCAAGUCCAUGCUGGUUCCUGAAAAGAUCCAACACGUCAUUUGCACUGGUAAUCUUUGCAUCAAGGAAGUUCAAGAUUACUUGAAGACACUUUGUCCUGACUUGCAUAUUACCAGAGGUGAAUAUGAUAAAGAUACAAGAUAUCCCGAGACCAAAACAUUAACUAUCGGACAAUUCAAGUUGGGAUUGUGCCAUGGCCAUCAGACAGAGAUCUUGCUCUCUUUUUCUGAAGCUGCUAAAGGAUGCACGAAGGAUCUACAGUUUGAUGCAUUUGUAACUUGUGAUUCUUGCGGUUGUUCACAGGCUAGUGCUGACUGCUAUUUAUGGCCCCAUACUGUUUAUGUACCAUUCCAAGUGGAGAGAAAGGUAACCUGCAAGACCUACAUUCUACAAAUAUGUUUCCUUCAUGUUCAUCUUGAAUGCACUAGAACUGUUUGCUUUACAUAGAGCUUCUUCCUAAAGAUCAAUAUACCGAUAUUGCUGUGGGAACAUAUCCAAAAAUGUAGAAUGUGCUUUACCUAGAGCUUCUUCCUAAAGAUCAGUUAGUCCUUGAUUUUUUUUUCAGUAUGUACUAUGUGUUAUCAAGUAGAUUUGGAGUUUGAAUAUCUACAUCUAAAUUAUUUUCAUUUCCAAGCAGAGAUCUUUUCUGUUCAAUUUUCUUGUAACAAAAUAAAUAGUAUCAUUGUGUUUCUCAUUGUAGAAUUACAAGAGUCUUGUACUGAUAGAAUUUGAUGGAGUUUGAAUGGCUCACAGGUUUGAUGGAGUUUA